CGCGCCAGCAACGCGUACAUUGUGCAAACUGACGUCCCCGGGGGCAGUCGCUGCUGUAAGAUCCACCAGCUGGAUAGGAUUAACACCGAAAGCAAAGGAACAGUUUCAGAAUCAACAUUUGAGAAGCAGUCAUGGCCGCGGAAAGGGUGGAGAAACGAGACGAGGAGGAGGCGCAGACCAGGUUGCCCGAUCUCAGCUUUGUGCACGACAAGUUGCAGAAGUUCCAGUCCAAGAUGCUGAGCGACUUCGAGCAGCGCCUGUCCUGCAUGGUGGAGGAUGUGCUGCAGGAUCUGCGACAGCGGGAACUGCGUGCCCACGAGUUCCCCAACUUCGAGAAAUCCGAUCGGAAGAGCACCUGGCACAAUCGCGUUACCAACCAAGCGCCAGCAGACGUCAGUGACGCCCCAAAUGGCCAUGCAAAUGGCACUGAACCAAGGCCACCGCUCCAAAGCGAAACAUCCGUCCGCAAGCAGCGGCGACAACUGCCCGAAAAAGUGUUUGUUGCCCGGGAAUCGUACCUCACCGCACUGCUGCAGGUGGAGCACAUGCGCACCAUCUACCACAUCUUCUACAUUAUUCUGGUCAUGUUCCUGCUGAACGUGAUCUGCUACGAUUACUUUGUGGAUGGCCGCUUCGAUCUGGGCCUGGGCACCUUCCGCGGCGGACUGCGCCGGCUGCACUGGGUACUGGGCGUCUGGCUGCUGGAGCAUGUCUUCGUCCUGGCGCUCUACUUCGCCUUCCGCGGAUGGGCCUUGGUCAGGCACAGGCUGAAACCACACAGUUCCCUCCAGCGCUUUUGGUCGCACAGCUGCCUCAUCCUGUACAUCAGCUCCCAGCUGGUCUUCUGUUUCGUGUCGACGUCGCUGUGCCUCAAGUUCAACCUGCCCUUCGUGAGUGCGUGCGUCCUGUUGCUCGAGAGCACGCGACUGCUGAUGAAGAUGCACGCCUUUGUGCGGUAUAAUGCAGAGCGGGUUCUGAACGGCAAGGCCAAGAAGGAAGAUGCGCAGAAGGAGAAGGAGGCCAGUGGGCUUCCCUUUGUGCCGCCGCUGAGCUGCUACACGUACUUCCUCUUUGCACCCACGCUUAUCUACCGAGACAGCUACCCGCGCACCUCCCACAUCCGCUGGAAGUUCGCCCUGAAUCGCCUCUUGGAGGUGGUGGCCAUAGCCUUCCUGUACGCGUUCAUCCAUGAGCGGCACAUCCACGAGCACUUCGGACAGUACGGUCUGGAACCAAUGGGACCCUCCCAGCUGAUCCUCAAGCUGUUUGGCAUGAUGCUGCCCUGCGCUGUGAUCUUCCUGUGCGGCUUCUACCUAAUCCUGCACUCGUGGCUGAACUUCACGUCAGAGCUGCUCCGCUUCGGCGAUCGAAUGUUCUACAAGGACUGGUGGACGUCGCACACGUACGAUGGCUACUACAGAAACUGGAAUGUCGUCGUGCACGACUGGCUGUACGAGUACGUGUACAAGGAUAUGUACACUCAUGUGUUCCGAGGUUCCAAAGUGGCCGCCUCGCUGGCAGUGUUUAUGAUCUCCGCUGUGGUCCAUGAGCAGGUGCUCGGCUUCGCCCUGCAAAUGUUCUUUCCAGUGAUGUUCUUCCUUUUUGGUGUCGUGGGUGUUGCCCUGGUGUUCCUGAUGCGGAGUGCUCCUAAAGUGAUGGGCAACAUCUUUCUGUGGUUCUCUCUGAUCCUGGGAAACGCCACGCUGAUCUCACUAUACGCCAUGGAGCAUUACGCUCUAAAGAACUGCAGCCUGAGCAACCAGAGCUGGACGGAUCGCCUGCUGCCGGCGGUAUGGCGCUGCUACAAUUAGUCAAUUAAUUAAUCACUACUUUUAAACUGUCUGUACACAGGGCGUACGCUUCGAUUUGUAUUUUAGGUAAAUAAACUUAAUGAAAUUAACAGAAA